AGCCGACUGCCUCCCAAGAGCCCUCUCUUCUGGCUCGUCUAAUAUUUCUCUCCUCACCACUACUUAGUUCUGUCUUUUUCCCGCUCCCCAGGGCUGCACAGGCACUGACGUCUCCCACCCCACAAUCCAGCUCCCCUCCACACACCAUGAAGCUUGGCUACAUCAAAGUCUAUGUCUGGCUGGCCUGUGUCUUAGUCGCCAAUGUGAUACUCUACACUGUGGUGAUGCUCUCAAGGAGGCCGCUCAGCCUGCAGACUCCAAGGAGAACAAUGUUCAUUGGGGGCCAUAUGAAGCUCUGGCAGCCCAUGGACCUCCAUGGCCUCCCACUCUGGCACCUGUUAAAGCUCUACAUGGCCCAGCUGGACAACCCCAUACUGAGGAAUGUCACAGCUCAGUUCAAUCUCAUGCUGCCAGGGACGUGUGGAGAGAGCUUCCAUGGGGCCUCCCAGAAGUUGGCAGAUUUCUCCUCCUAUCCCAGCCACCUCCAGGCUUUCGUCCUGUCCAUGCAUUGCAGGGACUACACACUGCUCAUUGGGCCAGCGGAUGACAAGGCUUGCUCAGAUGGGACCCAACUGCUGGUGGCUGUUAGGUCCCAAUUGGCAAACUUUGACCGACGUCAAGCCAUCCGGCAGACUUGGGGCCAAACAGGGCUGGUGAGGAAUGUGACAGUGCAGACUCUCUUCCUGCUGGGCAGGCAGGGGUCAGGGGACAGAUAUCCAGAUCUGGAAGCACUUCUGCAGUUAGAGAGGCGGAAAAACAAGGAUCUCCUGCUUUGGGACUUCCAGGAUACCUUCUACAAUCUGAGCCUAAAAGACAUCCUAUUCCUAGGGUGGCUAAAGGGACACUGCCCCAGCGUGGAGUUCAUCUUCCUGGGGGAUGAUGAUGUCUUUCUUAGGGUGGAUGCUCUUGUGGCUUAUACUGGGAGCCUUAAUGCUACCCCUCAACGGGGCUUCUUCACUGGCCAUGUCAUCCAAGAUGCUGCCCCAGUCCAUGACAGCAAACACAAGUAUUAUGUCCCUGAGUCCUUCUAUCAAGGCACCUACCCGCCCUAUGUGGGGGGUGGAGGGUUCCUCUGUUCACGGGAUGUGGCCACCCAGCUCUACGAGGCCUCAUGCCACUUGCCCCUUUUCCCCAUCAACAACGUCUACCUGGGGAUCUGCUUGGAGGAGCUGGGGCUUGUGCCACAGAAUCAUCCUGGUUUCUGGACUUUCAACAUGGAGGAUGAGGGACAGGAGGAUCUGUGUGCUUAUAAAGAUCUCAUCCUGGUGGAACACAGGAAACCCCAGGAUAUCAUUCGGCUGUGGCGAGGCCUGCAUGACCCUGCUUUGACCUGCUAGGUUAUGGGCAUUUUGGUUGUCUACUUUUCUUUGGUGGCCAUCUUGGUUUUCUAGCUUUCAUUGGCGGACAUAUUGGCUGACCAUCUUGGCUAACUGGUUGACCAGUGAUCUUUGAAGGCUGUCUUUGCCUCCUGGAGGAUAUUCCUCCAUUCAUGCAUGGCUACAUCUCCCUCAUGUUGACUCCAAGAACUGCUGCACUUGUAGAGGUCCAGUUCUGAAUCCCACAAUCCCAGAAUCUGGAGGCUGAUUAAGCCAUUGGGACCCACUCCACCUCGCUACCUUCAGCUGAUGUCUUAGACUCCCUACCUUCAGCUGAUGCCAUCUCCAGCCCUGGAAAAGCUGGUGUUGGUGCCAAUAUGGUCCAGGGUGUGGGGGGCAUGGGUGGGGCUCAAACCCAUGAAGAUGGCAAUGCCAGUGUUGCCAUGUUGGAGGAGUGAAUGGCUCAGUAGGGGGCACUCUCCCCUCAGAGUAGAUGCUUCCCCCAGUGCCCUAGUGUGCAUUUGGGAGCUCUUUGCUGCAGAAAACAGGACAGGGAGGUCAGAAGGAGGUGCUCUCCAAUUGCAAUCCAUGCUGACCCCACAUUGAAUUAGACGUUGUUACCUGUAAGGGGUGCAUAGACUUAUCUUGGGGCUUAUCUAGAGUUGCAACUGGAGUGGUCAUUUUUAUAUGCAAUUCAUUGGCAACAUGCAGAAAUCCUCUCUUUUUGUUCUUGGUUCCUCCUGCAUUCAGAGAAGCAGUGCGUUGUACAUUUCUUAUAAAUAAUCAAGAUUGCAUCAAAGAAAUACCUGAAUAUCACCAAUAUCUCCUGUUAACUAGAACACCUCCUGAGCCCUGAAAUUUGACUAUUUGCUUGGAUCAAAAAUGGGCAACACCACAAACUUUACAUGGUGCAUCUCACAGCAGGUAAAUUAUGGUACAUAGUAACUACAGCGCUGUCUAUGAAUUGUGCUGGCUGUGAUAUAUUGCAUGUCUUUGUUUGUCGUUUGCCUCCUGCUAGACAGUAACAAGCUGGUAGGGAAUGUUUUCCCUCACCCUGCUGUUGCCUGAGCUAUGCUGUUCUGUAGUGAUACCAUAGAUACAGUCUUUGGUCACUGUGGCUAUGUCUACAUUGCACGCUUAUUUUGAAGUAACUCAUGUUAUUUUGAAAUAACAGAGUGCGCAUCUAGAUAGCAAGGUUGUUAUUUUGAAAUAAUUUCAAAAUA